UUCAGAAUGUCCACUGCGUUUAUGGUCGACAGUAUCCUGCAGGAAAAGGAUGUAGAGCAUUGUAGCAUUAAUCGGUUGCAUUCGUCCAGCCGAGUCAGUGCCGGCGGUGACUCGUCCGUGGCGUCGGUGUCCGGUUCGGAUAGUGAGUUCGAUGAACACGUGUCCGAUCUGAAAGAUUCCAACAGCUUGUGUGAUUCACCGAAGAGUUUCCACAGCUACCACCAUGUGAACAAUUCGUCCUUCUCGGACGACGAGCUUGGACCGGCGACGGUUAUUCGUCCCUACAAUGGUUCCAGUGCGAACGAUGAAAACAAUAUGCUGAUGGAUUAUUGCUGUGGCAAAUGUGGCCACUAUCAGCCGGAACCGAUGGUCCGGCAUGGGGCGGACGAGAAGGGUUUCUGCAGCGGCGAGAGUGAUUAUGAGUUUCGGUGUCAAAAGUGUGGUUUUAGUGAAUUUAUUGCCUCCAAACGGACCAUCCUGAAGGAGGCAACCAAACCGGUACUGAAGUUCAGUGUAUCGGCAAUUCUGGGUGAUAAAAAGGAGUGUGUGAAAGUGCGAAACGAAUUUAUACAACCUCAACACCUUUGGCCUUAUAUACAACAAAACCUAAUCCAACAAAAUCAUUUAGUGAAUCCUGCGUUUCUGACAAAUCACCUGCCCCAUCACCACCCCCAGCAGCCUUUGUCGCCGCAUCACCCCCAUCAUCUAGUCAACGGAGUCAACGGAAGUAGUCCUUCCGUAGGCAAUAACCACAACAAUAACAACAAUAGCAACAGCAACGGUAGUAAUUGCAAUAACAAUAAUAGCUGUAGUAAUACCACUAGUGAAGCUGGCAGCUUGCCAAACAGUCCGGACCUACAAGAUGAAGGUUCUCGUCUCCAGCAGCAGCAGCAGCAGCAAACACAGCAGCAGCAUCAACAGCAGUCAGGAGCCUCCCAGCAGCCUCGAGAUAAUAAAAUCAUCGCGAAACCACUCCCAAGCCGGCCGAUGCCUUUCCUGCAGCAUGGACUAAAUCAUCCUCAUCUUCAUUCGUUGCUGGCUCACUGUCGGAAUCCGUAUCUGCCCGGUGGCCCACAAGUGUUUCCUUUGCCGCCGGGACAAGGCUUCCCAUGGGCGCACUCGACUCGAGGGAAACCCCGACGGGGGAUGAUGCGACGGGCUGUGUUUUCAGACUCCCAGCGGAAAGGGCUCGAGAAACGGUUUCAACUGCAAAAGUACAUCAGCAAACCGGACCGGAAGAAACUGGCCGAACGGCUUGGUCUGAAAGAUUCUCAGGUUAAAAUCUGGUUUCAAAAUCGCCGCAUGAAAUGGCGCAACUCGAAGGAACGUGAGCUGCUAGCCAGUGGAGGUUCCCGCGAUCAGACGCUUCCGAACAAAAACAACCCCAACCCGGACCUGUCGGAUGCUCGCGGUGAUCGAUCUCAUUCACUGUCACCGCCUACUUCUCCACCGCCGACCAUAUCAGACACGCAGCAACAACAGCAACAGUCACAAUCUCAACAACAACAACAAUCGUCUCCUCAGCUUUCGCCGCAAUCGAUCAAGCCACCGACUAUAGUCGGAAGUAUUACCGCCGCGAAAACUGCUGCGCUAAUCAAUUUCAAGCCAAAAUUCGAUCUCGUCAAAGCACCAAACAUUGGGGUGGAGUUCAAAUAUGAGUUCGACGAUGGAAGUCACCAGCAGCAGCAGCAACAGCAACAACAGCAGCACCAGCAGAACCAGCAGCAGCACCAACCCAGACCACCGAUGAUGAACAACUUCUACCACGGUAGUUCCGAUCGUGAUCGUGAGCUGCUGCUGGGCGGUGGAGGUGCCACCACAGCCGGUGGAAUGACAUUCAACAAUCGAUCGAACAGCUGUUCGUCGUCGGAUAACAUGUCGGCGGUCGGGAUGUACUUUGACGAUUACGAUUCCAACUCGGACGAUUCCGAUGAGGAGAUUAACGUUACGUGA